AUGGUUCCUCUCUGGGUCCUUCGCGUUGGCUGUUACUUCGGCCUUAUAACUUGCACCACUCCCCCAGGUGUUUGGCCUGGAAGAUUCCCAACUGUCAUCGCUCCUGUGCCUCCAUCGCGGACCUCUACUUCCAGCUCCACCGGAGUGACUAGUACCGCUUUACCCGGAGUGACUUCGUCGGCGCAUUCGUUUACUACUUCCUUCGUUGAGACUUCAUCGGUUGACACCUCGUUCUCGUCUACCCUAGUCUCGACUCCAUUUACCCUCGUUACAUCUUCUGCCUCGACCUCGUUUGCUUCCACUUCUUCUGCAAGCACAUUCGUUUCUGUUUCUUCUUCUGCUUCUUCCUCUUCUAGCACUUCGCUGUCCUCCGGCACCCGGGUAUCUUCUAGUAUUCCCGUGUCCUCGAGCACCGCCGUGAGCCCAUCUCGCACGAUGUCUCUCACCUCGUCCAGUGCCAUCCCCAGCGUCACGCCCUCGGCCUCGCCGAUCGCCCAGGGUACCAUUGCGGGUAACAUUCUCGUUAUUGCGAGAGACACGGCCGCCGCCGGCACCGCGUCCUCGGGACUCAACGCAUAUGGCAUCCCGUUCACCACUCUGGUGGUCCCUCAGGCAGGCGCCAGUCUGCCUGACCUGAACUCCACCUCCGGAGGAAACUUCGGCGGUAUCGUCGUUGCUGGUGAGGUCAGCUAUGACUAUGGUGGCACCCGAGGCUUCCAGAGUGCAUUGACCACCGAUCAAUGGAACCAGUUGUAUGCCUACCAGCUCGACUUUGGCGUGCGCAUGGUUCAGUACGAUGUCUUCCCGGGACCUUCCUUCGGCGCCUCAGCCGUGGGUGACGGAUGCUGCGCUUCCGGCGUGGAACAGCUGAUUUCUUUCUCCAAUGUCGACGACUUCCCCACGGCCGGUCUGCGAACCGGCGCCGGCGUCAGCACCCAGGGCCUCUGGCACUACCCGGCUACCGUCAGCAACACCACUACCACCAAGGAAAUCGCCAAAUUCGCUGCCAGCUCGGGGUCGUCGGGUGAUUCGACUGCCGCUGUCAUCAACAACUUCGGUGGCAGAGAGCAGAUGGCUUUCUUUAUCUCGUUCGACACGGUCUGGAGUGCCACCUCCAACUAUCUGCAGCACGCCUGGAUCAACUGGAUGACUCGCGGUCUCUAUGUGGGACACCGUCGUAUCAAUCUCAACACCCAGAUUGACGACGUGUUCUUGGAGACUGAAGUAUACAAGCCAGCCGGAGUCAACUUCCGUCUCACUACCGCCGACUUAAGCGGAAUCGCCGACUGGGUUCCCACCAUCAAUGCCAAGAUGAACGAGGGCAGCGACUACUGGGUCGAGCUGGGACACAAUGGUAACGGUAACAUUGAAGCCGCUACUGGGAAGACUAACGGCGAGUCUCGCUGCAACGGCGGCGGUAUUGAGUUUGACUCGCCUCCUGACACCCCGUUGGAAUUCAAGAAGCCUCUGGGAACCGGAACCAACCUUUGGCCCUCGACUCAGACCUCCUACGGCUGGACCACCGACUGCACUCAGCUGGAUGAUCUCCUGAUCUGGUUGUCCAACCCAACCAACCGUGAUAAGUUCGGUCAUAUUUCGCACACUUUCACCCACCUGGAGCAGAACAAUGCCACCAACUCCGACAUCAACAAGGAAAUCUCCUACAACCAGGCCUGGCUCAAGCAGAACGGCUUUACCGAGGCGAAGUACUUUACCAGCAACGGUAUCAUCCCCCCUGCCAUCACUGGUCUUCACAACGGCGAUGCCCUGAAGGCUUGGUGGGACCACGGCAUUACCAACUGCGUUGGUGACAACACUCGCACCCCUCUGCUCAACACGGUCAACGACAUGUGGCCGUACUUUACUACCGUUGACACCGACGGAUUCGCCGGUGUGCAGGUCAACCCGCGUUGGGCCACCCGUAUCUACUACAACUGUGAUACCCCUGACUGCACCGUCCAGGAAUGGAUCGACACGUCUGCCGGCAGCGGUAACUUCAAUGACCUGCUUGCCAUCGAGAAGGCCGACACCAUGCGUCAUUUGUUUGGUCUGCACCGCGACCCCUACAUGUUCCACCAGGCCAACCUUCGCAAUGCCGACACCACCCCAAUCACCGUCAACGGUGUCAAGGCCCAGUACUCGAUCUUCCAGGCGUGGGUUGAGACCCAGGUUCAGGAGUUCGUGCGUCUGGUGAAGUGGCCCAUUGUCACCGUCACCCACCAGCAGAUGUCCCAGAACUUCCUGGAACGUCACACCCGUGAUGCCUGCAACUACUCUCUUCAGUACACCAUUGCCAACCACCAGAUCACUGGUGUGACGGUGUCUUCCAGCAGCAACACCUGUAGCGUCCCCAUCCCGGUGACCUUCCCCGUUGCUCCCACCAACACCCAGAGCUUCGCCACCGAACAGCUCGGCAGCGAUCCUCUGACCGUCUGGGCCAAGCUGUCCGGCUCCCCGGUCACCUUCACUCUGUCCACUCCUAUUGCGUUGUAA